AUGAGUGAAGGAAAAUUUGAACCUGAUGGGUCUAAGGAUGUGCUUACUAUGGCAUUAGGCACCCCUGAGAGCAGAGGGCGAGUGAGGGGUAUUGGGCUCGGUGUAACGCCUAGCCAAUUCUGGAAAACCCCACUAUCCAGUAAGAAAAAGGGAAAAGAAUUUGAGGCUUCCUCAGUUGAGGCUCGAUUUGCAAUGAUGGAAGAAAAAUACCGUCAACAAGAAGAAAUAAUGAAACAACAACAAGAAAUGAUCAAAAGACAAGAGGAAAUGAUGCGACAGUUUAUGGAACAGAUGAAAGGACAACAUAGUGGCUUUGGAGGAUCUUCUCAUGCGUCAGUGCCAAACUAUGGAUCACCCAUAGAUCAGGUGACACCAUCUCAUCAAGCAUCACCGAAAUCGCAGGAUCAACCUCUAGCACCCCCGCCCCCACAACCAGAAGAGGCACCUGUGUUUAUCCCCACUCCUGGAUCAAAUCAGGAUAAAAUGAUUGAAUGCAAAUUUGCAUUAGGCUCUAUCACCAACAUCGUUGGUAGGGGAUACAUUCUAGUUACUAGUAGCUCAGACAUCCAUGGAGAAAACUUAGGAGAAAACUACCGCGGUGCAAUUGAGUUUGCUGACCAACCUGAUGCUCUACUUGUUAACCCGAUCCCUGACAGUGAGAUUUAUACAGUCAAACAAGCUAUUGGGAGUUUGAUACGUUGGCCCAAGUCGCUAGUCAUCUUCAAUGGAGCGACACAGGAGGUCGUGAAAAAAAAAGGAAAGCAAGCUGGGAAAAAAACUUCUCUACCAUUAGCACCACAAACUCAAAAACUAGUUCCAAAACGAGCGCCUAAGGAGUCAUUGUCACAAGAGGUGCAACAACCAUCUUCAUUGUCGCCUAAGUUAAGACAAGUUUUUGAAAUCGUCAAUGCUUGGACUAAACAUGAUUAUGCCGUUGAAGUGUCUAUUGACUUUGAUGUGUUUGGCCAUGCUUGUGAAUAUUUUGCUCUAUUUCGGGAUGAAAUACUUGAAUUUUGUAGAAAUGAGAUGAUUGGACAAUCAUGUAUUGUCUUCUACAUGAGGAUUUUGUACCAGACACUAUUAUUAGACGAGGAAAAGAAAGGAUCAUUGUUGUUUAUGAAUCCGAAUAAGGUUUCUACUUCCGUGACUCGUGCAGAUAGUCGUGCUCAAGCUUUAUGUGAUAGGAUGUUAUAUUGCACGUCUAAAAAACAUGAUUGGGUAGUUAUGCCUUAUAACCAUGGGUAA